AGGGUUUUUUAGUUGUUGUUGUUCUUUGCGAGAUAGAAGAGAAAGCCGUCGCUAUCCUAGUCUCUUCUUCCCCUCUACCCAUUUCAGUUUCAGGAUGGAAUCUCAGGUGAAGCACGCUCUUGUUGUCAAAGUUAUGGGUCGUACUGGGUCUAGGGGGCAGGUGACUCAGGUUAGAGUGAAGUUUUUGGAUGAUCAAAACCGACACAUCAUGAGGAACGUGAAGGGACCCGUGAGAGAAGGAGACAUUCUCACCCUACUUGAGUCUGAAAGAGAAGCAAGAAGGUUGCGCUAGAGGAUCUCUUCAUGGUUUGGCUCAGGACUUAAACAAAACAUCGUUGUUUUUGUUGUAGUUAAAGGAUGUCAAAUGUUAAUUGUCAUGGACCAGAAUUAUGCACCUACUAUGUUUGACAUUAUGCCAUUAUGUUUGUGGCUGAGUUAUGACUAAAUUUAUGCUUUGACUAUAUGAAGUGUUUUCUGUUCUAUGGGCUAUAUUGAGAUGUGGUUAGUAGUUAGUUAUGUAUAAUUAUGGAAAUGUUUAUGAUCUAAGAAUGGCGGCAUACUUUUUACUCUA